AUGUUACAAGAACAAUCUGGAGCGAGACCUAAGAGCCAAAGAUUGGGCCACAGAGUUCAAAAAGAAUCGGCUGAAUCGCACAAAGGUUCCCGCAAAAUGCCAAACUCCGCCUCAGUACUGGCUACUGUGACAAACUUGUAUCCAGGCUUAAAUGACAUCACAGAUUCGUUCGAAGCAUUUCCCCUGGAGUUGAUUCGGUACUUUACCUUAUUGAAGGAGAUUGAUGCUAAAACCGUGCAGUCUGUCCCUCUGCUAAUCACUUACAUCAAACGGUUCUUGCAAAUGUCAAAAACACACCCGAAAAGAGAACAAUUGCUCCACGAGAUACGAGAGUUAAUCAAAGAGCUAAUGCCCUGUCUGGAAGAGAAAAUGCAUGUGGCCACUAUUGCUGCCGACGCUGUUGCAAGACACGUCAAGCGUAUUGAUAGUGACUUUGAACUAAUAGUGGAGAAUGAAAUCCCAGCAGAAAUUAGAAUCGGCUCUAUGGAUCACCAUCCUGCCAUGAUACACGAUACUAAGCCUGCAGACUCUGGCAAGUCUGCACAAUCGCAGAGAUCAGAAUCUCGAAGAGAGGCGCUGGCGGCUCGUAAAGCACAAGCUGGAUCUAAUGGCGGGUCUGGCAUUGACGCCAGUGGACCGGGUGAUAGGGACGAAGAGCUUGGGAAGACUGUUAGAAGGCGUGCAAAUGCAAACUCUACACACUCUGCAAACCACAGCAGUAAUAGCAAUAACAACACAAACAGUAUCAACAAUAAUGUUACGCAUAUGACGAAUAAUAGUAUGACCGCUGUGCCAGCUAGCCAACCAGAUGACAGGAGGCGAGGCGGCCACAAGACCCAGCCGGAAGUUAGAGAAAGCGCAACGAGGAGACGACCGGGCCAAAAUAACGAUUUAUCCACUGAGGUGCCCUCAAAUGCCAAGGAAGACAAUGACGAAGAGCCUGUGUAUUGUUAUUGUCAACAGGUAUCUUAUGGGGAGAUGUUAGGGUGUGAUGGUAUAGAUUGUACCAGAGAAUGGUUCCAUCUUUCAUGCAUUGGUCUAACUCAGCCUCCACGAGGCAAGUGGUACUGUGAUGAAUGCAAAUUGAAGAUAAGAAAGCGAUAG